AUGGCAGUGUGGAAAGAUAAUGGCGAGGACUCCCAUCGCAUCUCUCCCAGCCCUGUGGUCCAUGUCAGGGGUCUGUGUGAGGCUGUGGUGGAAGCAGACCUGAUAGAUGCCUUGGAGAAGUUUGGACCCAUAUGUUACGUGAUGAUGAUGCCGUUCAAGCGUCAGGCCCUGGUGGAGUUCUCUGCAGUAGAGAGCGCCGACCGCUGUGUGUCCUGUGGAGCCAAGGAGCCUGUCUACAUUGCAGGCCAACAGGCGUACUUUAAUUACUCGACAUCCAAGAGGAUCACCAGGCCGACCAACGCUGACAACCCCAACAGUGGCAACAAGGUCCUCCUGCUGUCCAUACAGAACCCCCUCUACCCUAUAACCACGGAUGUUCUGUACACAGUGUGUAAUCCCAUCGGCAGCGUGCUGAGGAUCGUCAUCUUUAAACGAAAUGGAAUCCAGGCCAUGGUGGAGUUUGAAUCUGUUCAGUGUGCUCAGAAGGCCAAAGCUGCUCUGAACGGAGCUGACAUCUACGCUGGCUGCUGUACGCUCAAGAUUGAAUAUGCGAGGCCGACGCGUCUGAACGUGAUUAAGAAUGACAACGAGAGCUGGGACUACACUAAACCAUACCUGGUCAGACGAGACCGUGGAAAGGGAAGGCAGAGACAGGCCAUUUUAGGCGAACAUCCGUCGUCCUACAGUGAUAACGGCUAUGGUCCCCCCUGCCCUCUGCUGCCUCUGCCUGGCAACAGCAGGUACAAGCUCACCUCAGUGGAUGUUCCCGACAUGGUGUCCUACCCUCUGCCCCAGUCAUCCUCCUCAUACUCGGGGCAUGCCCCCAGCUCUGUUGCCAUGGUGAGCGGCCUCCAUUCAUCCAAGAUGAACUGCACCCGCAUCUUCAACCUUUUCUGCCUCUAUGGCAACAUUGAGAAGGUGAAGUUUAUGAAGAGUGUUCCUGGCACAGCGUUGGUAGAGAUGGGGGAUGAGUAUGCCGUGGACAGAGCCAUCACACACCUCAACAGCAUCAAGGUGUUUGGAAAGAGACUCAAUGUCUGUGUGUCUAAGCAGCAUGCAGUCAUCCCCAGUCAGGUGUUUGAGUUAGAGGAUGGCAGCAGCAGCUAUAAGGACUUUGCCAUGACCAGAAAUAACCGCUUCAGCAGCGCCGGACAGGCCUCCAAAAACAUCAUCCAGCCUCCAUCUGCAGUGCUACACUACUACAACGUUCCUCCAUGCAUAUCACAGGACCACCUCCUGAGGCUAUGUACAGAGCAUGAUGUGCCUGGCUUCGUCAAAUUCAAGAUGUUUGAUGCCAAACCCUCCUCUAAGACCAUCUCUGGCUUGUUGGAGUUUGACAGUAAGACGGAGGCUGUGGAGGUUCUUACUGUUCUGAACCACUACCAGAUCAGGAUACCCAAUGGGUCCAACCCAUACACCCUGAAACUGUGUUUCUCCACAUCGUCUCAUCUGUGAAAGGCUGCAGAGCACAAGGAGAGGCUGCUGAGCCUGAUGAUGGCUGACCUCUGACCUGAGAGACGGCGAGGGACCAGGAGAGACAGACACACAGAUGACCGAAAAGGAGAAUCAGAGAGAGAUGUGGCCUUUAAGGAGAUAAAGAUGGAGAGAAAAGUACUUAGGAGAGAGAAGACAGUAUCACUGUUUCUAAACAGAACAUCAGACCAGCCCACCAUCCAACCACAGCUCAGCAAGCUGACCGACCACAGACUGUCUGACACACUUGCAUUAUGUCUUUAUAUUGUCAUGUGGGACCUCUGGAGGACACUGCUCAUGUAUUUGUCCCAGAGGACUUCACUGCAUGGUGAACUUGUCUCUGAGUGUCGACCUGGACUGUCAGACACACAGAGACACAGACUGACAGAGACACAGGCAGGCAGACAGACAGAAAGACAGACAGAGACACAGAU